GCAAAAGACAAAAUGGAGACUAGCUUUGUUGAUAUGGUGAAAGAGGUUUUAUCGGAGGAACUGAAGAGAAAUGAUAAAUUCCUGCCCACUGAAGAUAUUAACGAGUUAUUAUCUGAAGAAUUUUCCGAAGAAACUACCAGAUCAGGAAUUUUCGGCUAUCCAACAAGACCUCUUUAUAAGACAAUAGGUGUAAUGCUUGAUAGAUGGAUUCAAAAUAAAGAGUCUCCAGUUAUGGAGCUGCCGAAUUAUGAUUUAUUGGAUGAGAAAGAAUACUUGGAAGAAAGAUCAUUCAACUUCAAAAAAAUUACUGAUUUGCUAGAUGGAAUUCAAACACUUUGGGAUCAUUCAUCCAAAGCUGAACAAAAUUUUUCUGUUAGGAAAAUGCUAAUGAUAUUAGGAAAACGUGGAAUUUUGGAUCUAUUAGGUGUGAGAAAGACAGUGGGGAGUAAAGACAUUUUUCCACCACCAAGGAAACUCCUAGAAGAUACUUUCCAACAACUCAAUAACCCAGGGUCUAUUCUGACUGUAGGAGCAAGGGCUUUAGCAAAACAUUGCCAUAGAGAUGAAACUGAUGGCUGGUGGGGUAAAUGCAAAGGAAGAGAGAUUGAUAAAAACGAACAUGCCUUUAAAAUACUUGGAAAAAUACUAGACAAUUCAACAUGGAUAAAUAUUCACUGGCUUCCGCAUGAUGUUAUCAUCUGUGAAGUACGACAAGAAAAUGGAUAUGGAGCUCGAUGGACCCAUGAUGGAAAAUCCUUCAGAGGAUUUCUAGAACCUCAAAUGGCUGGAGGGCACGAUGUCGGCUGGAAGCAUUAA